CGAGGGUUUUUGCUGCUGCGCUCUCUCUCUCUCUCUCUCUUUCUACUUGCCCAUACCCAUCUUAUCAUUUCAAACCCCCAUUUAACCGUCUAGUUUUUUCCCAUUUCAGGUUAGGCUCUUUUUGCCUACCUUAUUUUUCUCCUUUUAUUUUCUUGGGUUUUCUGUUUGGUUGCUGAGAAACAUGUUAAUGGCAUUGAUUCUGUUGCUGGAUUAUUUCUACAAAAAAUAGAAAAAGAACUUUUCACUUCAAAUUUAGGCCAAAAGCUCGGUUGCAUGUGCAUCUCGUUUGCGGAAUUUUGAUUUUCCUUGUUUCUUACCAUUUCUCUGGAAUCAAACAGUUCAAAAGUUUUGUUCUUCUUUUCAAUUCGUUGAAAAGUAGAUCAUUUUAAAGAUUUUUAUCAGUGAGAUACAAUGGGGAAUUCUUCUUCAAUGCUAACUCAAUAUGAUAUUGAAGAAGUUCAAGAAUACUGCCAGAAUUUAUGUAGUCUCUCAGCAGGAAAUUGUUUCAUUGUACCAAAGGUUUUGCCAGUUAGAUCGAAAUGCAAAGGGAUUCAUAUCUGCUGAUGAGUUUCUAUCAGUUCCGGAGUUUGCAAUGAAUCCGCUCUCUCAGAGACUGCUUAAGAUGGUGGAUGGUUUGAACUUUAAGGACUUUGUCGCCUUCUUGUCAGCGUUUAGUGCUAAAGCAAGUGUACAGCAGAAAGUUAAACUUAUCUUCAAAGUGUAUGAUUCUGACGGCAAUGGAAAGGUGUCUUUCAAUGACAUGCUAGAAGUUUUACGUGAUUUAUCUGGUUCAUUUAUUUCCGAUGUCCAAAGAGAGCAAGUCUUGACCCAACUUUUGAAAGAAGCGGGUUACUCAAAGGACUCUUACCUAACAUUGGAUGACUUCAAUAAGAUUUUUGGGAUCUCUGAACUAAAAAUGGAGGUCGAAGUACCAGUGGAUUAGCUUUUUACAGUGUUUCCCCCAGAGAAUAAUUUGGUUUAACAGCAGGCGUGGUAUGAGAGGCUAUGCAUUUUAGAAACAUACAUAAAAUACUCAUGUACUAUGGCUUUUCAUGUUUCCAUAAAUAAAUCAACCUAUAUAUAUAUAUGUAUCAGAAUAAGCUUCAGAGGUUUCCUAUUUAUCUUCACAAAUUUUAUUUUUUUAUAAUUCUAAAUCAAUUUUGAUGACCAAAAA